AACUUCAAGGCAAGCAUGAGUUACAGGACUGUGAUGAUGUACAUGGAGAUCGGCUGCUUUGUUGUCUGUGUAUCAGGAUGGAUCCUGGUGUGUUCCACAAUGCCCACAGAGAUCUGGACAUGGUCUGAGGUAGACAGCUUAGUGUUGACCACCUCAAACUACUUCUCCAACCUGUGGAAGGAUUGUAUAUCCGAUUCAACUGGAGUAUCUGACUGCAAGGGAAUUCCAUCAAUGCUUGCUCUGAACUGGGACAUUCACAUGUGCCGUGCUCUCAUCAUCAUCUCUAUUAUCCUGGCUUUCUUUGGAUCAGUUCUGGUCUUAGUGGGAAUGAAGUGCACUAAGGUUGGUGGAUCAGAGAUUGUUAAUGCAAGAGUAACCUUUGCUGGGGGCAUGAACUACCUUAUUGGAGGGAUGUGUUCUAUGAUUGCUUUCUCCUACUAUGGAAACAAAAUUAGAGCAGAAUUUCAAGACCCUAACUUCAAACCUCAAAAAUUUGAAAUAGGGGUUGGCGUCUUUAUCGGCUGGGGAGGCUCCACCUUACUUGUUGUUGGAGGCCUUAUUUACAGUAUCUUUGCAGGGUGGGAAGGGUGCCACUCAAGCUCAAAAAGAUACCCUGACUACCAGUUCCAUGGUGCCUACACGUUUGUUCCGACAAAUAAAAGCAUUGUUUCUGUAGCUCGCACGAGGACUAGUGCGAGCAGAAAAUCAGGGACCACCAGAAGCAGCAGAGACAGCAGCGUCUCUGGAAUUACCACUACUACCAAGAUGACAGCUACAAAUGCAUAUGUGUGACUUCUUUUCAAUAUUCUGUUUCUGUCCUUGUCCAUGAAAUACAUGUGUGGCUUUAUUUCCAUGAUCAUUUUAUAUUAAAAUUCAUAUUUGAGCUUUAAUAUCCUAGUUAGAAAUGGCCUUUUUCCACAGCAGACAUAUUAACUUGUCAUAGAAGGGAAAGCACUGGAUCUGGGCUAUUGAAGUCCCAAAACAUGUGUAAUUAUUUAGAUGUUUUGCUGUUGUUGUUGUUGCCACUAAUUAUUUUUAAUAGAAAUGUAGACAAUAAUAAUUAAUUUAUCUAUAUAUAUAAAUAGAACUAUAUGUAUGAAACAUGAACAUAGAUGUAACUACUGUAAUAAUGCUUGGACUUUAUGUUGACUAAACAUAUAAUGUUGCUUUAGGGAAAUUUUCUCUAAAUGGACCUCGUAGAAUUUUGAUGGGUGCCAUUUUGCAUAAAGAGUCAUUUUACUUUUGAUAUUUUAAUAACAUGCUUCUGUACUUUUACUUAAAGGGCCUGUGUGUAGGAUUUGGCGGCAUCUAGCGGUGAGGAUGCAUAUUGCGACACAAGUUAAACUUGUUCUCCCAAGUGUUUGGGAGAACUACACGGCAGUCAAUGCAAAAAAGUGAAAGACCCUCUUUAGAGCCGCGUUUGUCCAUUGUGGACUACUGUAGAAACAUGGUGGUGCAACACUCCGUGAAGAGGACCCGCUCCAUAUGGAGAUAUUAACGGCUAAUUCUAAGGUAACAAAAAUGAAUCUUAUUUUCAGGUGAUUACAAACAAGGGAAAACAUAGUAAUAUCAUAUCCCAUUCCUGUAAAUAGAUCCCCCUGAAUGGUACACUCUGGCCUUUUAAGUACAAUUUUGAAUGUAGGACUUUUUACUUGUAAUAUGUAUGUUAAUGAGUGCGUUUACAUAGUAAAAUUGCUCAUUCAUCUGAAUAUUUCCACCACUGCUGAAUGUCUGCUCCCUAAUUUACUAAUCUCAUGAGAACCAUAUGUCCCU